CUACUAUUGCAAUGAUAUUAGAUGAGAAACUGAACGUAACCAAUUUGCAUUCGGAAACAUUUUUACGACUACCCCUGGAGUACAGGAAUGGUGGAACUCGCUUUCCCAUUUCCCUUUGCGAGUGUGACGUCAUCGUGCGUCAACUCCCCAGUUUCCCACCAUCAUCGUUCUACAGUACAGGGGAAGAAAGGGGGAGUCGGGAGUCGGGGUAGAAAGCUGUCUAAGAACGCUUUCACACAAAUAUGAGCGGCAGCGGGCGGCCCAGGACCAGCUCAUUCGCCGAGCCUCCCGGAGCUCCCGGAGCCGCUGCAGCCGGGGUCGGAUCAGCAGUCGCCGGCGGAAGCUCGACAGGAAAGUCGGGAGCUUCGCAAAACAGCGGAAGCAGCUCGACGAGCUUUGGGAACCUCAAACUACCCCGUGACAGUGGUAAAUUGACCACCGUAGUGGCCACGCCGGGCCAAGGGCCCGAUCGCCCACAGGAAGUGUCAUACACGGACAUUAAGGUCAUAGGAAAUGGCUCCUUUGGCGUGGUCUACCAGGCGCGCCUCAUCGACAGCCAGGAGAUGGUGGCCAUCAAAAAAGUGCUCCAAGACAAACGGUUUAAGAAUAGAGAGCUGCAAAUUAUGCGCAAGUUGGACCAUUGCAACAUUGUGCGGCUACGUUACUUCUUCUACUCCAGUGGUGAAAAGAAAGAUGAAGUCUACCUGAAUCUGGUUCUGGACUUUGUCCCCGAGACGGUGUACAGGGUGGCGCGGCACUUCAACAAGGCCAAGACCACCAUCCCCAUCAUUUAUGUUAAAGUGUACAUGUACCAGCUGUUCAGGAGCCUGGCCUAUAUUCAUUCCCAGGGCGUGUGUCAUAGAGACAUCAAGCCCCAAAACCUCUUGGUGGACCCAGAGACAGCCAUCCUCAAGCUCUGUGACUUUGGCAGCGCCAAGCAGUUGGUCCGAGGUGAGCCCAACGUGUCGUAUAUCUGCUCGCGGUACUACCGCGCCCCGGAGCUCAUCUUCGGCGCCACCGACUACACGUCCAACAUCGACAUCUGGUCGGCCGGCUGCGUGCUGGCCGAGCUCCUACUGGGCCAGCCCAUCUUCCCGGGGGACAGCGGCGUGGACCAGCUCGUCGAGAUCAUCAAGGUUCUUGGAACUCCGACAAGGGAGCAGAUCCGAGAGAUGAACCCCAACUACACAGAGUUCAAAUUCCCACAGAUUAAAGCUCACCCGUGGACAAAGGUGUUCAAGCCCCGCACACCGCCGGAGGCCAUCGCCCUGUGCUCGCGACUGCUGGAAUACACGCCGGUCACCCGUCUUUCUCCGCUGGAGGCCUGCGCGCACGCCUUCUUUGAUGAGCUGCGCCAGCCCAACACCCGCCUGCCUAGCGGGCGGGAACUGCCGCUUCUCUUCAACUUCAGCCCCGUCGAGCUGUCCAUCCAGCCGCAGUUGAAUUCAACACUCAUUCCUCCUCACGCUCGUGCACAGACAACGGCUGCCUCACAUGAUGGCAGUACAUCAGACAGUACCGCCCAGCCCGGCACAGUGCCCGGCUCCAUCAACAACAGUACCUGAACAGCCAACAACACCCUUUUUCUUUCUCUUCCUACUCUCCUCUUCUUCCUCGCAACACUUAGAAAGAGACAAAGAGGCUAUACACAAACGUCAUGCAUUGCUGUCUCCCCCCACACCCACCUCAUAGGCUUAUUAUAUAUAUAUGAUGACGACUUUAUAAGUCCAGGUUCUGUGGGAUGUAUGGGGUUGUACAUGCAUUGUCUGUGUCAUGGACUUUUUUAUCUCUUCUUUUUUUCUUAUUUUAAUUUUUUUGUUUUUAACUUUGGUUUUAUUUUAGCUCAUUUUAUGUGGAGUGGCCAUUUGGCUUUUGGAGACUGACAGUCAUGUCCCCCUCCCCAAAAAUGGUACAAAACGCUCUCUGCCCCUCCAGAGUCUCAUUUUGUACCCUAAAACAAUAAAGCCCCCCGCCCCCAUCCACCCCGGCUGAUUGUAUCAUUUUUAGAAGAGAGCUGAUUUAAAAUAUAUGAGACAAAGGAAGCACACUGCAGCAGAUUUCUCUUUCCUCCUUUAACUUGCCUUUUUUUAACGUGGGAGUGAGGGGCCUCUGUAUAGAUGAAAGAUCAUGCAGGCAGGAAAGUGUUUCAAGAGGCAUAACGAACAGCUCCAACCUCUUCAUCAUCAUCAUUUUGACUGAGAGCUACUUCCUCCUGAGCGAGCCCUCAACUUCCUGUCUUGGAACUUGAACUUUCAUCCCCUUCCCUCCUGGUUCUCCCUCCUCUUCCAAAACACAGCUAAUCUGUAAAUAUUCAGCAACCUUUUAUUUUAACGUUUUGUUACUAUUGUAUUGUUGUUCUUGUAAUAUUUUUUUUUCUUCAGUAGAUGGCGGGUUCAAGCGACCAAACUGUUUUAUCCGCUGUCGCAGUCUGUAAAUACAGUAUUCCCUUUUUUUUUUUUUCCCCCCCCCCCCGCCCCCCUCCGGUCUCUGGUGCUGGAGGGCACAACCACAAAAAAAUUGAACAAAAAAAGGCUCGCAUCUUAUUCUCUCUCCUUCCAUUUCUCCUGUCAUGACUUCCCUCGCCCGUAGUCGUUGUCUUAACUGUUUUAUUUAUUGUAUUGUGUGUUUGUUUUGGGGAGUGUUUUUUUGUGUAUAUUAUUUCCAAAAUGAUGUAGUAGUGGGGCAGAAAACUUUGUCACAUCCAAGAUACUGUACCUCGACUCGGACCGCGAGCCGUCGGGUGGAACGCUUAUUGUUUCCAUUGAGCCUCAAUGUGAACAGAAUGUUUCAAGGAUUUGUUGCUUGUGUGUAUGCGUGCGUAUGCGUGUGUGGGGGAGGGCGUACAGAAUUUGAGUGUCUGUGUCAUAAAAGAUGAAAACAGAAUCUUUCAUUGACUGUCUCCUGUGUCUGACCGUCUCCUGUUCUACUCCACUGUUGUACGACGUGCUGUUUUACUGUUACUUUACUUUUUGUUUUCUUUUUUCUUUUUUUCUUCCGAAACCACCCCCCCACAACGCUCUUAUUACAGCCCUUGUCGUUUGUGGAGAGAGCAGCGAAACUGUCGGCUAGAGGGGAUGAAGAAGGAAGGGAUGGGGGGAGAGAGACUUUUUUUUUUUUGCUAUAAAUAAUUCAACUCAUUAAUAAAAUGAUGAAACGGU